AUGGAGACGAAUAACAAUGUGAUUGACUUCAUUCUGUUUGGGUUGACACAGGAUGCAGGAAAGCAGAAAGCAAUAUUUGGAGUCGUCUUGAUUCUUUACCUCAUGACACUGUUGGGGAACUUGCUCAUUGUAGUGACUAUCAAAACAAGCAGGGCUUCUGAGAGCCCCAUGUACUUCUUCCUACUCUGUCUGUCCUUUGCUGACGGCUGCUUCUCUACAACCAGCCCCAGAUUGAUUGUGGAUGCCCCUCAGAAGAAGACCAUUUCCUACAAUGAGUGCAUGACUCAGGUCUUUGCAGCCCAUUUCUUUGGCUGCAUGGAAAUCUUUGUGCUCAUCCUCAAGGCCUUUGACUGCGAUGUAGCCAUUUGUAAGCCCUUGCGAUACACAACUUUCACGAGCCAGCAAGUCUGUGUCGUGUUGGUGAUUCUGGCCUGGGUGGGAUCUUGUAUCCACUCUUCAGCACAGAUUUUCCUGGCUUUGAGAUUGCCUUUCUGUGGCCCUAAUGUGAUUGACCACUAUAUCUGUGACUUGCAGCCCUUGUUGAAACUUACCUGCAUGGACACUCACGUGAUAAAUUUGCUAACUGUUCACAAAAAAAAAAAAAAAAAUUUGCUAGCUGUUUCUAAUAGUGGGACCAUAUGCAUGGUGAGGUUCAUAAUUCUGCUUAUGUCCUAUGCUGUCAUCUUGUACUCUCUGAGACACGACAGUGCAGAAGGAAGGCGAAAAGCCCUUUCCACAUGCACCUCCCACUUUGCUGUAGUUGUCAUGCUUUUUGGUCCAUGCAUAUUUAUGUACACUCUCCCACCAACCACAUUUCCAAUAGACAAGACGGUGGCUGUGUUUUAUACAAUUGUGACACCCUUGCUCAACCCUCUGAUCUAUACACUGAGGAAUGCAGAGGUGAAAAAUGCCAUAGAAAAGUUAUGGUGUAGCAAAGUACGACUUCAACUGAUAAAUGAUAUAUAG